UAUUUUUUGCUGUUUUGAUUCCCAUGAAACAUCGAUAGGGUACUUCGGAGUUUGUUGCGUGUGCAUCGCUUAUCAUAUUAGACAAUUAAAUAUUAUCAUUUGUAUGAUUCAGAGGUGUAUAGCAAUCAACUGUCGAGUGUACAUCAAAUCUAACUAAUAUAACUAAUAUAGUAGGAGCUGCCACUUUUCUAGCCUUAUACUGAGGAGGCUCAACAAUAACAUACACUUAAGGGCAUUGAUUAUUAAGUUUUGUGUAUGUAAGAAGAGCACGCUCAGGCUAUCGUCUUUCCAACAUGAUCAACGCAAAGAAAACACCAGUUUCAGUAUUAAAUGAAUUAAUGGUGAAAAAGAGCCAAUGUCCAAACUGGGAGCUUAUCCACGAUGGAGGUGGCACUCACCAGAACCUGUUUAUUUGGAGGGUCACUUGUGAUGGUCAUUCCGUUGAAGGACAGGGUAGAAAUAAGAGGGAUGCCAAGCACGAAGCUGCUACAAAGAUGUUGGAAUUAAUUGGUCAGCUCAGUAAACUUCCUCAAUUGCAGGCUACGCCACAACAGUCGCCAGUCAGAACACCAUUACCUGUCGAUCCACCAACCUGUCCAAAGUCACCUGCCAAUGCUCCUUUUAGAAAUACAGUUGGAGAGUUAAAGGAUCUUUGUGGUAUGCACCGCUUGGAUCAACCGCAGUAUAAAGAAACAGGAGAUAUAGGACCAGCUCAUGCGAGAGUUUUUACAAUAGAGUGUUCAGUUUUGGCAUUCACCGAAGAGGGUACAGCCACAACGAAAAAACAAGCCAAGCACGAAGCUGCUCGUAAAAUGAUUGAUCGUAUAACGAGAAAUUUGGACUCAGUUAGUGCAAGGACACUUAGUCCCGACAGUGCUGACAGUGGAUCUCCACUCUUGGAUUACGAGACGGAAGCUUCAAUUAAAAAAGCAAUUGAUAAGUAUCCAGAAUUAAGUAAACUUCAUGCUCUCGAACAAGGAAAAUUAAAGGUGAAUAUGGGUUUGAAAAUAUGCAAAUAUUUUUUAAGCUUUCAAGAAUUAGUUAAUGAUUUUUUUAUAACGGAGGAGCAUGUGUUUGUGGAAGAGUUGGAUAAUUUAAUUGUUUUGGCGAAACAAUGCCAAGAAAAUUUUGAUGAAUCAAAAAUGACAGUACUAACAGAUAAAUUUAAAAAUAUUUUAGAAUCGAUUGAUGUAAAAGGUUACGAAGUUACUUUACCUAGCCGCGACAAUGACAUUCAUAUUGUUGGUGUAAGAAUAAACACUGCUCCUGAUAUUUGCGAAACAGGAAUAGGGAAAACUGAUCAAGAUGCUCUCUUGACAGCUCUGUUGAAUGUUUUCUAUACUAUGAAACUAUUUUUAGAGUGAACAACUUUACU